UUCCAGGUUCAUGCUUAUAAUCCCCCUUGAACUCUGUUUACCCGAAGCUACCCAUACCAUCCUAGACACAUCUGACUCGAUCCUAGAUACCGCCAAAAUGUAUCUCCUCCCCUUGAUUGCCGCUGCUUUCUUAUCCUCCGCAUCCUCAGGCCCUCUCACAGCGCGGCUCGCCGAAGUUGGAACCCCCUGCGGCGCUGAGCUAGGCGACUGUCCUACCCUCACUUGCAUCCCGCUCUCAAGCAACUGCACCUACUUCCCCAAAUGCCGAGGAACAUGCCAGGACCUCAGCGUCGAGAAGCAGCAAAUCUACACGGUAUGCGGCGGAUGGUCGUACUACGACGACUGCGACGAACGGGUUGAGAGUUGCAUGACCGACCCUCGGCACUAUUACAGCUGCGGCCCCUCCUGCGAUGGCAUGGGCAUUUGCUACCCCAUCAAGGACGGAUCGUGUGGGGGCAAUACGGGGAGGGAAUGCGGCCCGGGCAAGGUCUGCUUUGGAGGCGACAACAUGAAACCGGGAGUCGGAUAUCUGUGCGAUCUGAACAUCGAGACGGGGGAGAAGAUAUGCGGUGGGGUAUGUUUGCCGCUUAGGUUCGGGUCUGAUGGGUAUGAGAAGAGCAAAGAGGCCGAGGUGGUCAGGACGGAUCAGGAUGGUUGGCAGGGCGAGAAUCCUUGAGUCAGAGUCAAAAGGGGCUGAGUGGCUGGCUACCUUACCUGCCGAGUUCGCAUCCCGUCUUUGACGCCAGAACCAAAGAAAACAUGAAGGAAUCGAUCUUUCCUCUCUUCACACUGCUAAUACUAUGCGACCUAAUUCAUCCAGCGAUGUAUUCUAUAGUAUCACUCAUUCGAGUCGUAUUAGGGGCGCAGUGUAGAGCCAUACCAAACCCCAACCCUGGCCAGGCGGUUGGUCUACGCCCACGCCCGUUCCCACCAUCCCACGCACUCACACCC